AGUCUCUUUCAUCAGGAGAGACCGGACUCAGUUAAACCCCAUUGUGUGUCAAUAAAGGACAACAGCUCCAUUGCUGAACCCCUUGCCUUUGAAGACAGUGAUCUCUCUAUAGACCAGAGUAUAUUUACUCAGAAUGGACCAGACUCUUCUGUACCCAGCUGUGUGUCUAUUAAAAGCUCCCACUCUAUGAUGCUACCUCAAUGCUUCAAUCAUGGGCAACUCUGUAUUGAACAAGGAGACCACCAGGAGGGGCCAGAGGUUGCCACUGGUCAAUCUGACAAGGAGCAUGAUGAAGCAGAUCUGGCCUCCGUAUUUAUGGUGCUAGAAGAGAACAUCAUCACUUUUGUGAGGACUGAGCUGAAGAAAUUCCAGCAAGUUCUAAAUCCAGAUUACACAAAAUCCUUAGAGGAACACAAAAGGGAUGGGGAAGUGGUCAAUGGUGAGGAGGAGGAACAGAGAAAAAGCAGCAGAGAAUCCCUUCUGAAGAUCACAUUGUACAUUUUGAGGGGAAUGAAGCAGGGGGAACUGGCUAACAUCCUGCAGAGCAGAUCUGCUGGAGUGUGCCAAAAUAAGCUCAAAGGUAACCUAAAAAAGAGGUUUGACUGUUUGUUUGAAGGAAUUGCUAAAGCAGGAAACCCAACACCUGUGAAUAAGAUCUACACAGAGCUCUACAUCACAGAGGGAGGAAGUGGAGAGGUCAACGAUGAACACGAGAUCAGACUGAUUGAAACAGCAUUCAGGAAAUCAUCAAGGCCAGAAACUAUGAUCAAAUGUGAAGACAUCUUCCAACCCUUACCUGGCAGAGAUCAUCAACCAAUCAGAACGGUGAUGACAAAGGGAGUGGCUGGCAUUGGGAAAACAGUCUUAACACAUAAGUUCACCUUGGACUGGGCUGAAGACAAAGCCAACCGCAACAUACAGUUCAUGUUUCCAUUCACUUUCAGAGAGCUGAAUCUGCAGAGUGGAAAAAGGUACAGCUUGGUGGAACUUCUUCAUGCCUUCUUUACUGACACCAAAGAUGCAGAAAUCUGCAACUUUGACAAGUUCAAGGUGGUGUUCAUCUUUGACGGUCUGGAUGAGUGUCAGCUUCCUCUUAACUUCCACAACAAUGAGAUCGUGACUGAUGUUACAGAGCCGACCACAGUAGAUGUCCUGCUGACCAACCUCAUCACUGGGAAACUGCUUCCUUCUGCUCACAUCUGGAUAACGACACGACCUGCAGCAGCCUAUCAGAUCCCUUCAGAGUGUGUUGACAUGGUGACAGAGGUGAGAGGGUUCACGGACACCCAAAAGAAAGAGUACUUCAGGAAGAGAUUCACUGAGGAAGAGCAGGCCAGCAGCAUCAUCUCCCACAUCAAGGCAUCACGGAGCCUUCACAUCAUGUGCCACAUCCCAGUCUUCUGCUGGAUCACCGCUUCAGUUCUGAAGGUUUUAAUGGGAUCACAAACCAUUAAAGGGUUGCCAAAGACCCUGACAGAGAUGUACAUCCACUUCCUGGUGGUUCAAUGCAAAGUUGGGAAUGUCAAGUACCGAGGAGGAGCUGAGACGGAUCCACUGUGGAACACAGAGACCUGCAACAUCAUCAUGUCUCUUGGAAAACUGGCUUUUGAACACCUGCAAAAAGGCAACUUGAUCUUCUAUGAGUCAGACCUGAUAGCGUGUGGCAUUGAUAUCAGAGCAGCCUCAGUGAACUCAGGAGUGUUCACACAGAUCUUUAAAGAGGAGUGUGGGCUGCACCAGGGCAAGGUGUUCUGCUUUGUCCAUCUGACCUUCCAGGAGUUUCUGGCUGCUCUUUAUGUUGUUCUGACUUUCGUCAACACUGGUGUCAAUCUAUUGUCAGAACCGGAGUCAACAUCCCGCUGGGUUUCACUGAAGAGGGACAAAUCUAAAGUAAAUCCCCUCUUCCAAAGUGCUGUGGACAAGGCCUUACAGAGUCCAAAUGGAAACCUGGAUUUAUUUCUCCGCUUCCUCCUGGGUCUUUCACUGAAGACCAAUCAGACACUUUUACAAGGACUGCUAAAACCACCACGAGGCAGCUUAGAGAACUAUCAGGAAACAGUCAAAUACAUCAAGAGGAAAAUCAGGAAAAAUCCCUCUCCAGAGAGAUGCAUCAACCUCUUUCACUGUCUGAAUGAGCUGAAUGAUAAUUCUCUUGUGGAGGAGAUCCAACAGUACGUGAGUUCAGGAAGUCUCUCCACAGACAAACUGUCUCCUGCUCAGUGGUCGGCUCUGGCCUUCAUCUUACUGUCAUCAGAAAAAGAUCUGGAUGUGUUUGACUUGAGUAAGUACUCUGCUUCAGAGGAAGGUCUCCUGAGGCUGAUGCCAGUGGUCAAAGCCUCAAGAAUAUCUCGGUUGAGUGACUGCAAGUUGUCAGAGAGAAGCUGUAAAGCCCUGGCCUGUGUUCUUAUGUCCAAGUCAACUCGUCUGAGAGAACUGGACCUCAGUAACAAUGACCUGCAGGAUUCUGGAGUUAAGCUGCUGACUUUUGGACUGGGGAGUCCACAGUGUAAACUGGAAACUCUAGGGUUACGUGGCUGUAACUUGUCAGAGACAAGCUGUGAAACUCUGGCCUCAGUUCUCAGCUCCCAGUCCUCCCACCUGAGAGAGCUGGAUCUAAGUGACAAUGAUCUGCAGGACUCAGGAAUGAAGCUGCUGUCUGCAGGACUAGAGAGCCCUCAGUGUAGACUGGAAAAUCUCAGGUUGUCAGGCUGUCAGGUCGCAGAGGAAGGCUGUGUGUCUCUGGACUCAGCUUUGAGCUCCAACCCCUCCCAUCUGAGAGAACUGGACUUGAGCUACAAUUAUCCAGGAUACUUGGGAGUGAUGCUGCUCUCUGCGAGACUUGACAGUCCACAGUGCAGACUGGACACGCUCUGUGUUGACUAUGGUGGAAGGCAUCGCUUGAAACCCUUCAUGUAUGCCUGUGAACUCAAUCUGGACCCGAACACAGCACACAGUCAGCUCUCUUUGUCAGAAGACAACAGAAAGGUGACAGAGAUGACAGAGGUACAGCCUUAUCUUGAUCAUCCAGACAGAUUUCACCACUGGAAGCAGGUUCUGUGUAGAGAAGGUCUGAGUAGCAGCUGCUACUGGGAGGUGAAGUGGAAAGGGUGGGUGAAUGUAGGAGUGACAUACAGAGGAAUCAAAAGGAAAGGAGACUCUAAUGAAUGUUGUCUUGGUGAGAACAGCAGGUCCUGGGGUCUCUUCUGUUCUGUUCAUGGUUACUCUGCCUGUCACAAUAAGAGAACAACAGGCAUACCGGCCCGCACCUCCUCAUCUGACUCUGGCAAAGUUGCAGUGUAUCUGGACUGGUCUGCUGGUACUCUGUCCUUCUACAGGGUAUCUGCUGGUGCACUGAUCCACCUCCACACCUUCCACUGCACAUUCACUGAACCUCUCUAUCCUGCGUUCAGAUUUAAGUUACAGUGUGCAUGUGAAUCGUCUGUGUCUCUGUGCAAGUUUGAGUAGGGAGAAUCCCCUCCAGUGGAAAGAGAGACCCACACCGAUGCUCAGAGACAGCUGCUGAAACACAGCACUUAAUAUACAGUAGGGACAUACACACAGACGCACACACCCACACUGGAAAAAACAGUGUCGCUGCCCGAAUCAGACUGAAUUUGUUUGAGUUUGUGUAUGCAAUAAUGUAACAUCCACAGCCAAAUGUUAGACUACUGCAAGAACUUUGAAAGUACUUACCUUCUGUCUAACCUGCACACAACCUGAGAACAUUACCCUGCGUGUUGCAUCUUUGAUGUAAAGACUUUUAUUUGUCCGUUAUGAGAAUGUUCUGUUUCCCUGACCUUGGGGAAAUACCUUUGACUUGUGUCACCUGUAUGAAAGUGGCUGUUUUGGCUGUAAGCCCUUUUGGCUUAAAGGCCUCUUCUGGUUUUGACAAGACUGUUUAAGACUAUGACUAUUAAAGUUCCAAAAUUGCUUCACAGUUUAAAUCAACAGAUCAAUUUAACCCUUUGAAACUGACCCAUCUCCACUUUUGCUCUCCCAGAUCAAAAAAAACAACUUUGUUGACUUUUGUAAAAGUGAAGAAGAAUCAACAAUUGGAUUGAUCAUUUUAAUCUAAGACUAUGCAUGUAAGCUUACUGAUUUUGCUUCAUACACUGUGUGUCUUAUGGUAAUGUGUUUUGUUAUCAUUGAGAGGGCCAUCGCUAAGCUGUUGAC